GAAGGAGUCGCUUGUGCGAUCACAAAUGUACUGUCGUUUUUACUACUAUUACUAACCAGCGUUAGCAAAAUAAAACAUGAAAGUAAUAUCGACGACGUAACUAAAAGGAAUCCGGCCUCCGGAACCAUUUGCUACUGGCCCCUGCCAUGAUGCCCCGUGCACAGGGGGCAGUACAUGGGUGGGUUUGGCAGAGGAACAGCUGCCGGGUCUGCUCCUCCACCGCGGCAUCUGACAGUCACGCAGCUGACACUUACAGAAAUGGCUGCCGUGGUGUGAAUCAGGGAGACGGGGUGAUAACAGAACACAUAAGUUCAUUUCCCAUGGAUGAGUCGGUGUCAACGUCCCACUGGGAAACAUCGACACUGAAGGCACCACGGCUGGUGUCUAAACCCUCUGACGUGUUGGUUUGCUUCCUCCUGACAAUCAGUGACAGCAGACAGAGUUCCACUUCUAUCACCUUUCUAAUUAUAAACCUGAGCUUCCACUCUCCAAGAAUGGAAGUUUAGCCAUGCAAGUUGUGGCCUAAAUUUAGGCCCCCAGACUCCAUACACGAAAAUAAACACACAGGCACGCACACACACACAGACAACACACUGCACUUUUCACAGCUCCUGUAGGAGCAUCACACUCUCCUCUCCUACCUUCUUACGCUGCCUCUCAUGUGAUUUGUAAUAGAAUUUUUUUUUCCCUCUACAAUUUUCAAAUUAGUAUUUUUGGAACUAACAGCAGCCGACACCAAGGUGAGAUGAUUGGACAGUGAGUUGCUGUAGCCCGUGUUGAACUAUGGUCCUGGUCGGAGCGGUCAACGUCAACAUGAGUCUGAUGGACAUCUCCAAGAUCUUCUCCCUGCUGCAGCCUAAGGAGGGGGACGAGGACGGGGAGCAGAGCCAGGCCUUGAACAACGCCGUGAGCAGCGACGACGCCGCCCUGCUCUCUGAGCUCCUGUCCCGGGAGGACUACAGGAAGUCCAUCAACGCUCGCAGUGGCUGGGGGGUCCCGGUCACCCCCCUGCGUACGGCAGCAGCUCAGGGUCAUCUGAGGUGCUUGGAGAUCCUGUUGGAACAUGGAGCAGAGGUGGACUGUCUGGACGUCAAGGCCCAGACGCCUCUGUUCACGGCCGUCAGUGGGAAACAUCUGGACUGUGUGCUGGCUCUGCUGAAGGCGGGAGCCAAUCCCAACGGCAGCCCGUACAACAACUGCUCCCCGGUGAUGACCGCCGCUCGAGAAGGCGACGUGGACGUGCUGAGGGAGCUGCUGCGGUACGGGGCCGAGGUGGACGUCAGACCCAAGGUCCCCGAGUGGGCCUCCGGUGGCACGGCCUGCGGGGGCCCGCUUUACAUCUCAGCCGUUUACGGACAUCUGGACUGCUUCAAACUGCUCCUCCUGCAGGGCGCCAACCCGAACUACAACUGCACCGACCAGAGGAUGCUGGCCAGGAUCAAGCAGCCAAAGACAGUCCUGGAGGUGUGUCUCCGCUACGGCUGCGGCGUGGAGUACAUCCAGCUUCUCAUAGACUUUGGAGCGGAUGUUUAUCUGCCGACGCUGAUCAUCGACAAGACCACAAAACAGAACGAGGCUCUGGUGCUGCUGCUGAAGGAGCGAGUUUGUCCCAAAACGCUGAUGUCACAGAGCCGCCUGGUCAUCCGAGGUCACAUCCCGUCCACUGACAAAGACCCUGCCAUCCAGAGCUUGGACAUUCCUCAGAUCCUGAGGAACUACCUGAAGCACGACACCUGUGAACUGACACUGUGACACUCCAGAACUGAACCAGGGCUCUGACCACCUGUGACGGAACAAUCCAGUUUGAACUGGUCAACUGUCUUUCAUUAUUCAGUGUUGUGUUUGUGGGUGGUUGGUUGGGGGGGCGGGGAGGGGUGCAGAGUAAGUUAACAUUUCUUUAUGGUCCAGAAAAUAAAGUUUUUAGUCAUAUUUUUUAAAGAUGAUUUAUCCUGAUUACUCAUUAAUUUAAUUAAAAAAACAACAACAAAAAACAAACUUAGGAAGGUGUAUUACCACCGACGAACACUAGAGACCACACUUGGUCAAAGCUCGAGGAUUCUUAUUGGCUCCUUUAUCCUUUACCCACCGUCGGUCAGACCUCACACACAAACACGCAUUUAAAAAUAAACAUUUUAUGGUUAAGUUUAAAAAAAUGUUUAAAAUUAAUCAAAAACCAACAACCUUUGUGCCGAGCAGCGCGUAAGGUCAUUAUUCUUACCAUUAAACGACGGAAAUACGUCA